AUGUACAUUAUCGACGAUAACGUGAUAUCUAUGUUCAUACAGGCUGUUUAUGGCUGGCAUGACCUGGAUAAUACAGAGUAUGACUGUUGGCCUAUAGCAGAGCCCAAUGACUACAAUAUGAUAAGUUGUGGCGGGUUGGAGAUGGCUUGGAUACAACGACCUCCAGAAAAAGUCACAGACGGGGAGGAGUUUAAUGUUACUUACACUGUCACAGCCUCAGAUUCGUUUUAUGAGUACGCUGUCAGAAACCGGAUAUUCCAGUUCAGUAAUGCCUCAGAGGCCAAGAAGUUCUGUUUGGAGCACGAAUGUCCAUCAAACUGGAACAAUGCCGACGAGCACAACUGCUGUGUGUACCACGCUAACAUCCACUCCUGUCCCCUAGCCCUUAUGAGACAGGGGGGGAUAUGUGGUCCUUGGAUCCCAGACGAUGGCGAGAUUGUCACGCACACAGUCUCCAAGGCAGGAAAGAUGAGUCAACACUACUGGACAUCAAAGGUGGUGUUGGUUCAUUUAGGAGUGACCUCAGUUAUUGCUCAUGUCAAAGUGGGGCAGAUGCACGCUGCACUGGAAUCCAAGGUCCUGGUCGUUAGUGCUCAAGUGUGUGGAGAUGACAUCUGCGAGCUGGAUGAGAGCUGUCUUACCUGUCCAGCAGACUGUGGCAUUUGUCCCAUGUCUCUGUCCAUCAAGGUGGCCAUCGGGUUACCUGUGGCCCUUUUCUGCAGUGGGUUUAUCUUAACUCUGGUAUGGCUUCAAUAUCAGAAACAAAAGAUGCUUUGGGAUGAGAGCUGGAUUAUCAGCUACAACAGUAUUUUGUUUGGUAAAGUGUGCUAUAUGGGCUUCUGUAGCACUACUAGUCUUCAGCCAAAGAAAAGCAACUCCAGCGUGAGCAGAGUCACAGACGUGACCGUUUGCACAGUGGGGAAUCCCGAUUUCAAACCGGGUUUCAUUCAACCUGCAGUCUAUGAUGGCAGGACGGUGGCGGUAAAACUUAUACAGAAAAAGCAUUUUACACUUACCAAAACAAUCAGAAAGGAGGUGAAAGAGGUUAGGGAGCUGGAUCACCCAAAUCUGUCAAAGUUCAUUGGCGGCUCCAUUGAAGUCCCGUAUGUCACAAUCAUCACAGAGUACUGUCCAAAAGGCAGUCUGUCUGACGUGCUUCUGAAGGAAGAUAUCCCAAUCAACUGGGGCUUUCGAUUGUCCUUCGCUACUGAUAUAGCACGUGGGAUGGCUUACCUCCACCAGCACAAAAUGUUCCACGGACGACUUCACUCUCGAAACUGUAUCAUUGACGAUCGCUGGGUCUGCAAGAUUUCAGACUAUGGGCUCACAACCUACAGAAAAGAGGACUAUGACACUGUUAAUGGCACUUUUCACUGUGAGCAUCUUUACUCUGUUAUCUUAGUGGAAAUUGCCACUCGUUGUGAUAUUAUUUCGGUGAAGACUGUGAAACUGGAUGUUUUGUGGCGACCUCCGCUUCCAGAGCUGAAAGCUGGGAAAUCUGAUACUGAUUGUCCAGAUCAAGGAGAUUACUGUGAGCUGAUCAAGAAGUGCUGGUCCCACAAUGUUACCAUGCGACCCACCUUUGAGCAGGUGAAGAAGAUGUUGGAUAAAAUGAACCUUCAUAAAGUCAGUCCUGUGGAUAUGAUGAUGAAUUUAAUGGAGAAGUAUAGUAAGCAUUUAGAAUCUAUUGUGGCUGAAAGGACACAGGAUCUGCUCCAGGAGAAACAGAAGACAGACCGCUUGCUGUACAGCAUGCUUCCAAAGCCAGUGGCUGAUGACCUACGUCAGGGUCGGACAGCAGAGGCUCAGAGCUACUCCAAUGCCACUGUGUACUUCAGUGAUAUAGUGGGUUUCACUCAGCUUUCUGGAUCCAGUACUCCUCACCAAGUUGUGGACUUCCUCAAUAAACUCUACACGACCUUUGACGACAUCAUCGACAACUACGACGUUUACAAAGUGGAAACAAUAGGCGAUGCAUAUAUGGUGGUGUCUGGUGUUCCCAAAGAGAACGGCAUCAACCACGCCGGUGAAAUCGCUAGCAUGGCUUUGGACCUGAUCAGUGUUUGCCACACAUUUAAAAUCCCCCACAAACCCACCACCCAGCUCAAGAUACGUGCAGGCAUUCACUCAGGACCUGUGGUGGCUGGUGUGGUUGGUACCAAAAUGCCCCGGUACUGUUUGUUUGGUGACACAGUCAACACAGCGUCCCGCAUGGAAUCAACCAGCGAAGCUUUGAAGAUACAGUGUAGCGGAUCAACCGCUGACCUGCUCCACACACUGGGAGGUUAUGUCUUGACCUGCCGCGGUUCUCUGAACGUUAAGGGUAAAGGUGAAAUGACGACGUGGUGGCUGGGGGCAAAGAAAGGCCACACAGAUCCCUUACAGCAGUAUUCCGAAUCACUAGGAGUGCCAGUGCCAGUGAGCAACUAG